GUAACGAGCACUUCCGGGGCCUCCCGGCAACACGGCGUGUUCUGCAGGCAAAGGCGACUCGGUGACUCUCGUGCGCCGGCCUGGUUUGCUUGCGGCCUCACGCACAUCGGUUUCCCGACCUCAUGGCUGGGCUGACCUUGUUUGUGAGCCGCCUCCCGCCCUCGGCCCGCAGUGAGCAGCUGGAGGAGCUGUUCAGUCAGGUGGGGCCGGUGAAGCAGUGCUUCGUGGUGACUGAGAAAGGGAGUAAGGCAUGUCGAGGCUUUGGCUAUGUCACUUUUUCUAUGCUGGAAGAUGUUCAGAGGGCCCUCAAGGAGGUUACUACCUUUGAAGGCUGCAAGAUCAACGUGACUGUUGCUAAGAAAAAACUGAGGAACAAGUCCAAGGAAAAGGGGAAAAAUGAAAAUUCAGAGUCCCUAAAGAAGGAGCCGAAGCCUAAAAAAACCAAAGUGGCAGAUAAGAAAGCCAGAUUAAUUAUUCGGAACCUGAGCUUUAAGUGUUCAGAAGAUGACUUGAAGACAAUAUUUGCUCAAUUUGGAGCUGUCCUGGAAGUAAACAUCCCUAGGAAACCAGAUGGAAAGAUGCGUGGUUUCGCUUUUGUUCAGUUCAAAAACCUCCUAGAAGCCGGAAAAGCUCUCAAAAGCAUGAACAUGAAAGAGAUAAAAGGGCGGACGGUGGCUGUGGAUUGGGCCGUGGCAAAGGAUAAAUAUAAAAAUACUCAGUCUGCUUCUGCUCCAGGUGAGGAGAAGAGGCCUGAACCUAAAGAUCAGAAAUUAGGUAAAGAGAAUGUCAGGGAAGAAGAGAAUGUGGGAGAGGAAGCGGAGGAGGAGGGGGAGGAUGAAGAUGAUAUGGAAGAGGAAGAGGAGGAGGAGGAGGAGGAGGAUGAAGAAGAUGAAGAAGAGGAGGAGGAGAAUAAAGAAUCAAAGGUGAUGAAGGCUGUGCAAAUUCAGAAGAGAGCAGUCAAGAGGGCAGCGCCUGCAGAAGGCAGUGAAGAGGAGCAUUCCGAUGAGGACGGCGACCUGGAGGACGGAGAGAGUAUUGACAGUGGAGAGGAACAGGCUCAGAGUGAUACCAACACUGAAGAGCAAGAGGACGAAGAUGUGCAAGUCUCAAAGAAAAAGAAGAGGAAGCUACCCCCUGAUGUGAAUGAAGGGAAAACUGUCUUUAUCAGAAACCUGUCCUUUGACUCAGAGGAAGAAGAGCUUGGGGAGCUCCUCCAGCAGUUUGGAGACCUUAAAUAUGUCUGCAUUGUCUUGCAUCCAGACACAGAGCAUUCUAAAGGUUGUGCAUUUGCUCAGUUCAUGACUCAAGAAGCAGCUCAGAAAUGCCUUGAAGCUGCAUCUCCAGAGACCGAGGGUGGUGGGCUUAAACUGGAUGGCCGGCAGCUCAAGGUUGACUUGGCAGUGACCCGUGAUGAGGCUGCAAAGCUCCAGACAAAGAAGGUGAAGAAGCCAACUGGAACCCGGAACCUCUAUCUGGCCCGGGAAGGCUUGAUUCGUGCUGGGACGAAGGCUGCAGAGGGCGUGAGUGCUGCUGAUAUGGCCAAAAGAGAACGAUUUGAGCUACUGAAGCAUCAGAAAUUGAAGGACCAGAAUAUCUUUGUCUCCCAGACGAGGCUCUGCCUGCACAACCUCCCAAAGGCCGUGGAUGACAAACAGCUCAGAAAGCUGCUGCUAAAUGCCACUAGAGGGGAGAGAGGGGUGCGCAUCAAGGAGUGUAGGGUGAUGCGAGACCUUAAAGGAGUUCACGGGAAAAUUAAGGGUCAGUCCCUAGGCUACGCCUUUGCAGAGUUCCAGGAACAUGAGCAUGCCCUGGUGGCCCUGCGCCAUAUCAACAACAAUCCGGAAAUCUUUGGACCUCAGAAGAGACCGAUAGUGGAGUUCUCUUUGGAAGAUCGAAGGAAACUCAAAAUAAAGGAACUGAGGAUCCAGCGCAGCCUGCAAAAAAUGAAAUCCAAGUCCAUGACUGGCGAGCCCCAGCAGAACCAGCCAGAGCUUGGAAAAGACCAGCAACGGAAUGCAGGCCAAAACCACACCCAGGAACCAAGCCAGGCUCCCCUGCAGCAGAAGGGGAAGGCGGGCUCCAUCUCGUGGACAGGGUUCCAGACCAAGGCCGAAGUGGAACAGGUGGAGCUGCCUGAUGGAAAGAAGAGAAGAAAGGUCCUGGUGCUCCCCUCACACCGAGGCCCCAAAAUUAGGUUGCGGGACAAAGGCAAAGUGAAGUCUCUCCCUCCCAAAAAGCCAAAGCCCCAGAUAAACCAGUGGAAACAGGAGAAGCAGAAAUUAUCUUCUAAGCAGGCACCUAGGAAAAAAGCUAAGGGAAAUAAGACAGAAAACCGCUUCAACCAGCUGGUCGAACAAUAUAAGCAGAAAUUAUUGGGACCUUCCAAAGGAGCACCUCUUGCAAAGAGGAGCAAAUGGUUUGACAGUUGAUGAUGGCAACACACUGGAUAAGAAGCGGGAUUGUGCGCUUCUUGAUAAAGCUCCCAGGCCCCCCCACAUCCCCAGUGUCAUUUACUGAGGGUAAGAAACCCCUUGAGUGCAUUGCCACUUUGUUGGGGGGCCCCUGGGCUGUGCACAUCUGAACUUUGGUCUCUCCCUGGUGUGUGGUCAGUUAACCACAAAGAGAAAUCUCAGAAAAACGUCGUGAUGCUUCUUGCCUAUUAUCCGGAUUAUUGUGUUGAAGUUGUGUCUAUAAUUAUUACCCAUUUUAGUUCUUUGUUUCUCAGAUGAAAACAAUUGUAAAAAGCAUUCUUGAGGGCUGAAUUUUUAAGAUGUAUAUAUAUAUUUUAAGAUGAGAUAUUUUGUGGCUUUUUGAAUAACAAAUGAUCUCUCAUUUAUAAUACAUGUGAAUCUUUUAUUAUUUAUGAAUGUUUUUGACUUUCCUAACUCUAAUUCAGUUAUGUAGUCCUGUAUACUGCAGGGAUUAAGAGCAGAGAAAAAUUAUUUCCAACCUAAUCUCUGAGGGUGAGAGAAACUUGGAAAGUAAUUAAGGGCAGUGGGGCCUGGCAGAGAGCAUGCCUGAUAGUUAUUUACCAGAUGAGUGGGUAAUUGUUAGUGGUUGACUAGAAAUCACUUUGCAGUGGCCCACAGACACUAGCCUGGGUGGUGAUAACUUGCAUUUUCUCUCAUCGUGCGCCUCAUGCUGAGGACUUAGAAAGGUAGAGGGUAGUGGAGAGAGCAGUGAGCACAAGGCCUUGGCUCUAGCCUGACCUGCCUUUACCUAAUGGGUGGACUUGAACCAGACACAGACUCUCUGGGCCUUAGUUUCCUCAUCUAUAGAAUAAGAAGUUUAAUUACAGGCUUUCUCUGAUCCUUCCCAGCUCUAAACUCUGUUUCUAAUGCAUUCCUAUCCAUGUUCAUAUUCUUUCUAUUUUUAAAUUCAAGUUAUAGGUGGCUUUCAUUACUUUUCAAAAUUUUAGAGGUGUCACAAAUGCUGGGCGGGAUGGUGAAUAAAUAUUAGAGAAUCAAGAUCCAAAAAAGAUCGUGAUCACCUGAAGAAGUGGACUGAAUCUGAUAAGAUGAAAAUCAUUGGAAACAAACAUAAAUUCUCUCACUUGGGACCAAAAAUCCUACUGCACAAAUUCUGGUGGGAGAGUUUGAGUCAAUUAUGAAGCAACAGUGGCUACCACAAAUGCAGGAGGACUGUUAGGCUGUAUUAGUAGGAAUGAGAUAUCUCAAAUGAGUGAGCUGCUAGUACUCUGAGCUGGCCAGACCACACUUGUAAGACAAAUGUAAUGACUAAAUUGGUGAAGGAAAUCAAAAUGUCAGAUGGGAACAAAAGUGGUCAUGAGUUUAUUGUUAUUGAAGCUGGUCAUGGGUAAAUGGAGAUUUGUAAUACUAUUCUGUCUGCUUUUGUGAACAUUUGAAAUUUUCUGUAAUAAAAAGUUAGAUGAGGAGCCA